AUGGGUGUAUUCGAUGGACAGAACAGUCAGCAACUCGUCCAGUCUUUGGCCAAGCUUCCCACUUCGGAUCUCGUGCGCUUCACCCUCCAAAAGCCGGACGUCGCCCGCAUCUUUGCCUCUUCGCUCCAUCUGCUCGCCAUCGAAGCUGCAUCAGACCCACUACCUGUCAGCAAGGAAACUCAGAAUGCAAGCGGCCAUGUCGAUAUCCUUGCACGUCUCAUCGAGCGAGGUGAUCCUUCGCUAGCCAGGAAGUUUGUUCCCACCCAAGGAUCUCUCGUCGACCUUGCUGUGGCCGCACCAGAGGGAGCGAGGACGGCGGUUGCUUCUAUCCUGGAGCGUCUGCUGGAUGCAACCAGCGUCAAAGAGAUCGUCGGCGGCCUCUCGUUGCAAUUUUCCGGCCUCGUCUCGGAAGGUGCCAAGCAAGAUGCCGCCGCAUUCUCGUCCACGGUUCGCACCCUCGCUCGUCUUAGCAACGCUUUCCUCGCCGUCUGUCCACCACGUCUGCUCAAGGGCAACCUCAGUCUCAUCCAGACUUGGGCUCGAACAAGCAUCGACAUCUACGACAAGACCCUACCGCAACUCGCCAAAAGCCUCGCAAACGAUGCAACCCACAUCCUGAGCGAGCCAGACCUCGCAAGCCUAGACGUCGAAAUUUGGCAGCUUCACUGGCUCACAUGCCGAGUCGACUUGCUGCAGCUCAUCUCUACUCUGCUAUCUUACCUCACAGGCUCGUCGAAGCUCGUGGAUGCCCUGCGCGAAAGUCUCGCAGACACGGAAAAGCUUCUCAACAAAGGAGGCUUCUCGACACUUCUCAAUUCGACCAUCCUGCUCGAUCUUGCUGCCUCGUCCGAUUCGUGGCCUUCGUUGCGAUCCGAGCUAGCUUCCGCCGUGUCGAGCAAGAAAGGCAGCGGUAGCGAUGCGAUCGCAUCGAUCGACACGUUGGCUACUUCGGUGCCAAAGUUCACCGGGGCCGCCUGGGAUGCUUUGCAGCGGUUCAUGGCUUCCCAGAUUGCACCUUCUUCCACUGAUACCUCUUCAGCGUCCAAGACAGGGAGCGGUGAAGGUGAUUCUGAGGAGGUCUUGGCUUCCGUAGAUUCUGUUCUGCCGCACUACGGUAUGGACCGUCUUCGGACCAUUCUUUCUCGACCGUCGUUUGCUGGGCAAAGUGCAGAGAUGGUCAUCCAGAGGUUGCUGGAAGGCGACGAGGGCGAAGCGGAAGCACCUGCAUCGAGUCGAAUGCCACCGUCCGCACCGGCCGUACCACAAGCCGUGGCUGCUCAGCAAGCUACCCCGCCACCUGCUAUAGCUGCAGAAACACCGCUGCCGUCCUCCUCCGCAGCUGCCCCCUCGCCGGUCAAAUCCAGAGCCCUCUUUGGCGACUUUGCCUUCGACCCCGCUUCCAUCGUGCAGCCCAAGCUGGCGAGGAGCGGUCGCGUGGACGAGCUGGCACCCGAACUCAAAGCAGCCAUCCUCGCGCGUGCCGAAGCCGCCGACGACGACGAAGCCGAAGAAGAGUGGAAUCCUUUCGCCGAAGGGCAACGAACCGUGGGUGUUGAGGACGAGUUGGAUCUGGACAACGACGGACGCGAAAGAGCACCUCACCGGUCGACGGGAGAGGAUGGAGAUAGCGAUGGGCAUGAAGGUGCGGAAGAAUCUAGAAAGAGGGAGAGGCUUUUGUUGCGGUACUACGUUCAGAAUGGAUCGGGAUGUUUCUCUGCCGAUGCAGCGACGAGACGCAGUGAGGUGAGGAGGAGGUUGAGGGAGCAGACGGGGUGGGGAGAUGAUCUGAUCGAGUCGUGGGCGGUGAUGUUGGAUCGCAAUCCGAAGAAGGAUCGACUGUUGGCGGCGGCAUCGCAGUCUGAGCUGGAGGAGCAGAUGGCUGAGCGCGACUCGCGCAAUGCGACGGAUGCGGAUGAUGAUGAGGCGGGGAGGGGGGAUGUGAGAAGGUUUGGUCCGGAUCGUGGACGCGGUGGUCGGAUCUUGAGAGGUGGCGGACGCGGUGGUGGAGGUGCCAGCUCUGGGAGGGGCGGAGGCCACGCUGGUGGCUCGAACCAGGGUGGUGGUGCGCAGACGAACAAGGCGACGAGAGGUCGUGGUACAGGUAACUCUGGAACCGACCGAUCAGCGAAACAGAAGGAAAAAGCGGGGAACAAGGCACGUCAAAGAGGUCACGAUAAGAAGAUGGCUCGUGUCAAUCCUUCCUAG